UUAUGUAGAAUGGCCCAAAUAUGCUUUUGAAGAGUUACUAUUUUAGAAGACUCCUUGCUUUAACAUGUGCACAUAAAGUAACAUGCAAUUGAAAAGAAAACAGGGGAGCAUCCGACCUAGGACACGGACCCGUGACUUUUAUUUUGACAUCUCAACAGUGAGUAAUCCUGCUCAAGCCAAUGAGCGCAUGUAAUGAUCCAGAGAUAUUUACUCAGCACUUGUAAGUAGAUCAAAAGCAAAACCCGUCUCAUAUAUUAGACAUUUUCUGUCAAUAACCAGUUUUGCUGAAACGCAUUGUUUUGUAUUUAUUUUAUGGUUGUAUGAGCUUUGUGCCGUGAGAUGGAGGCGUUGUUGAAGAGAGAGCUGGCCACAUCUGUUUUGAAGAGCACUGGUCAUUCAGGAGGAGGAUGCAUCAGUGAAGGCCAGAGCUUUGACACCGACACUGGCAGAGUCUUCGUCAAGAUCAACCACAAGACCGAGGCUAGACGAAUGUUUGAUGGAGAGAUGGCAAGCUUGGAAGCGAUCCUGUCCACGAACGCAGUGAAAGUGCCCAGGCCUGUGAAGGUCUUGGACCUGGAGAGAAGUGGAGCUCUCCUCGUAAUGGAACAUGUGGAUAUGAGGAGCUUAAAUAAAUACUCAUCAAAACUGGGGGAACAACUAGCUGACCUGCAUCUUUACAACAAGAGACAGAUAGAGAAACAAAACAAGGAGCAGCAGACUGUUGGGAAAGGACCAGGACAGUCUGAGGUUGAAACAGCCAACAGGUUUGGGUUUCACGUGAACACAUGCUGUGGUUAUAUCCCUCAGGUAAAUGACUGGCAGGAUGAUUGGGUGUCCUUUUACUCCCAGCAGAGGUUGGAGCACCAGCUCGGCUUGGUGGAGCAGUCGUAUGGAGACAGGGAGGCCAGGGAAUUGUGGUCCAAACUCCAACUGAAGAUCCCUCAGCUGUUCACAGAUGUUGAGGUGGUUCCAGCGCUGCUGCAUGGAGACCUCUGGGGAGGAAAUGUGGCCGAAUGCUCUGAUGGUCCCGUCAUCUUUGACCCAGCAUCGUUUUAUGGCCAUUCGGAGUACGAGCUGGCUAUUGCCGGCAUAUUUUCUGGUUUUGGGAGCUCGUUUUACAAUGCUUACCAUGAGAAGAUCCCCAAGACCGCUGGGUUUGCAAAGAGACAGCAACUAUACCAGCUGUUCCACUAUCUGAACCACUGGAAUCAUUUUGGUGGGGGUUACAGGGGCUCUUCUCUACGGAUCAUGAAGGAUCUAACGAAGUAGAAGCUUAAGAAUCCUUCUCAAGUCUUCAUUUAUGAAGGUGGAUGAUAAACUAAUUCGAAGUUAGUCAUACACAUUGAAUCGAACAUUACCUGUCUGAUGGAAAUGCA